AAAAAGAGCUACAGUCUUAUUCCCAAGAGCAUCUUGAGGGAGAGAAAAGGAGGUUAUAGGACGGCAUUCUUUGUGGCAGGGCUUCAGUUCUUCCACGGCUCAGCAGACAAACUCCCAGUCUGCACUUACAACUGCUGUACAACUAUUUGCUCCUGCGCUGAUUGUUGUCCACUCUGAUUAGCUCCUGAAGCGACCAAUUUUUUUCUCCUGUCUCAGGAAGUCUGGAGCUCUGGACCUCGGUCACCACAAUGGAGUCAGCUAUGUCCAAUCAUUCAUUGGCCUGUGCUUCGGUGGAGACGACAGCUGAGAACACUUUAUUUGGAUGCUUCUACAUCCUGGUUUUCUUUCUGGCGUUGAACGGUAACAGCUUGGCCCUGUGGAUCUUCUGUCAUCAGCGUGGCGCUCCCUCUCCAGCUAAUGUCUUCUUGAUGCACCUGGCUGUGGCAGACUUGUCCUACGUGAUCAUCCUCCCACUGAGGGCCACCUACCACCUCACUGGGGGCCACUGGCCCUUUGGCGAGGUGCCCUGCAGAGUGGUUGGCUUUUUGUUUUACGUAAACAUGUAUGCUAGCCUGUACUUUCUGGCCUGUGUGGCUGCCGACCGCUACCUGGCUGUGGUCCAUGCUGUGAGGUCGCUGAAGGUUCGUCGUGCUCGCUACGCUCACAUCAUCAGCUUCUCUCUCUGGGCCCUGGUCACUGUCGCCAUGGUGCCAUUGCUCGUCACCCCCCAGACUGAAGAGGUGGAUGGUGUGACGGUGUGUCGGCAGCUGUACAGAGAGAACCCUUCUCCUAAGGCGCUCAUCUCACUGGCUGUGGCCUUCACCCCACCUUUCUUCGUCAUCCUGUCCUGCUACCUGCUCAUCAUUCACAGCCUGCAUCAGGGCUCCAGGUUAGAGCCAGCUAUCAAGCUGAGGGCCCUGCGGACCAUCAGUCUGGUAAUCCUCAUCUAUGUGGUCUGUUUCCUGCCUUAUCAUGUGAGCAGGGCCACCUUCAUCCUGGGGUACAGACACUUUGACACGUCCUGUCAGACACGCAGGGGCCUGAGCUUGGCCAACCGCCUCACCUCGUGCCUCACGUGUCUGAACGGUGCUAUGGACCCACUGGUGUACGUGUUUGGGGCCAAGAAGUUCCGCGGGACUCUAACACAAAUGUUUUGCAAAGAUAGGUCAGGAGUGUCAGGAGCCACCAGUGGAGAUUUAAAAGGAACACAUGAGAGCUCUGUGAGCGCCAAGUCAGAGUUCUGAGGGAUUUGAUCCGGAGCACUGUGUGGACUCAAUGCUUUUCCAACACAACCAAAAUUGGUCUGACUGUGGACUGACUGUUGCCUUUGCCUAAAAGAAGACUGCGGCUUAUUCUGUAAUGCAGUUGAUGUAACACAGUUGCCUCUAUAGCCUGAAUUUAAAGCCCUGUUCCAGUGCACACCCUGUGGCCAUUUUACUGAACCAUUACAAAUUUAAUCUGAAAUCAUCUGUGUGAAUGCAGGAAGGGGGAAAAGUCAUCAUUUUCCUCAAGCACCAAAGCAUUUUAGUCUGAAUAUGGUUCGUUGUUUCCCACCUGGCUGACCGAUUGGUUCUUCUUAGAGAUCCCGAAAAGUGCGAGAGAGGAGAUAAGAAAAACUUUACUGAGAUGGUACUAAUUAAAACCACAAAUAUAUCUUCUAAUGGAGAUCAACACUCCAAAGAAAACACCAGAAAAAUGCCAAGUAUGCACUUUUAAAUAAACUGACUAUAAGAACUUGUUGAUUUCUCCCAAGAAAUACAAUACUUCAUCAUCACUCAUCAUAAAUCAACAUAUCAUAAGACAAAUAAGUGCAAACAAGUUGUUUAUACUGUGUGAAUACUGUUUGUUUAUACUUGGUAUUGGUUCCAGCUCAUUCUGUGUUUUGUUUUGGUGCCUCCAAAAUCCCACUCUUAUUUCUGUUUGAUUGUUGAAAAGUGUAAGUUUUAUGAUGUGAUAGCCCUGAACCUUCAUGCAUCACAGUCUGUGAGUAUGAAGCUGGAUAUCGGCCUAAACAUCAUUCUGCUGAUUCUGCUUUUCCUACCCGCCGCUGUCAUCCAUCAACAGAGAAGUUAGUCCAAAAAUAAAAAGCCAAAGUUUAUCCCAGAUAGGAGGAAAAGAAAGUAAUACUAUACUAAAAUACUAAAUAUGUACAUAGUCAACUUUACUGCAUUUUUCACGUUUUGAAUCCACUGCCCACACACAUUAGUUAGGGUUAAUGUUUCUUAUCUUCAGUGUUUGUCAGUCAGUCCACCAUUUUAAUCCAGCUUGAAAUAUCUCCACAACUUUUAUAUAGAUUGACAUGAAAUGACAUCCAUGAUGUAUUAGAGGAUUAUCAUCAGUGCUUUGACUUGGGACACCAAAAACAAGUUGUUCAGUACCAAUUAGCAAAUGUGAGUGUGGUAAUGUGCCAAACCCAAACACUGGACAUUGUAAACAUUAAUACGUGAUAAACAUAAGAAUGUUAGCUUCAGUGUUUCCCAUUAAUUACCUAGACUGUGGUGACCCGCUAUAUUCUUAUUAAUCCUGCCACAGUUUCAUAAUGAACCAAAACAAUAUUUCAAUUGUCAUAAUAACACAAGAGAUCUCUUACUUGGUGUUUUACUCCAUUGUUGUAUUGUAUAGCUGCAGAACUAGUACAGCACUAUUUGCCAUGUGCUCAAGCUAUCAGCCAUUAUGUAUUUACCGUACAUACUGUCCGACUUUCAGCUGCAGUUGUGGCAUACACUUACUUUCUCAAUUAAUAACUUAUAUUUCAUUCUUUAGUCUGUGCACCUUUGUGCGUGUGCAUGAGCACCCCUGUUUCUGUCAUGGAUUUAAAUAGUUCUGUGCGAAACACAGGUAGGGUAUUAAUACUGGUAUUAAAAUGAGGUGUUUGGGUGUAUUACAAUCUCAAGGCCUCUGGACACAUCAAAAACAGGAAGUCAAAGUUAUUUAAAGGGUGCAUCAUUAAGAUAGUAAUGUGAGACCAGGCACAUAUACUCUUCUUGUUCCACACUUUCACUUUGAAUUCAAGUAGAUCUGUUUUCUCCGAAGCACUCGCUCUUCCUAUCUGGCAAAAGUGCUGUUAUAGUAGAAAUCCACUGAGAUGUAAGUGCACCAAGCUUCUAAAGGCAAUGGGAGAUGUCCCUCUCAUUGGUUUAUUGCAUGUUAUGCCUCCAACAAAACCAUGAUUAUUUUAUUAAAAGAGUGAAAACCUUUUAAUGAACCAUGGUUUUAGGUGCAGCAGCCUUUAUUCCACUGUUAAACUAGCAAAAGUGGAUUUGGAAUGAAGACAUUUGUGCCAUUAGCAACCAACACUAUGCGCUUAUUCCAAUAGAGCCCUUAGUCUUGUUUUAAUAUAAUAAGUAUUUAAAAAUCAAAUCACAAAUGUAUGUUUAUAUAUUUUCCAUUGUUGUUUAAAUUGCUGGAAGACCCCAGUAACAUGUUAACUUUGUUCUGCUUGACAAAUCUUGAUUGUACAUAUAUUCUCCAUUAUCCUGCUUCCUAACUCUUAUAUGCAUUAUGGGCUUGCCCUUGUUAUACUGUGAUAUCGUAAUGUUGCAUGACAAACUAAUAAUCCCUAUUUUACUGUGAAUCAGUUUAUUCAUCAACUGCAAAACAUUUUUGAGACAGAAAUGUAAUUCAUGCAAUGUCAUUGCUAUUACAAAAUCAUGCUGCAGAAGAAAAACCACUGUACAACCCUAACUGCAUGAAUGAUCCACAAGUUUACUUAUAUGACCAUAACUGACUCUCAUUUCAUUUUCUUUCUUUUUUUGUAUCAAUAAUGUGUUUUUCAAUGCUGUAAUAUGCUGCAAUGUUUUUAUAAAGUGCUUUUACAUAAAAAGUAAUGUGAACUCCA